UUUGUUCGUGGGGUGGCUUGGCGGUGCAGGGCAAUGGGGGUUCAGUGACUUGCCCAGGGUCACACAGCUACUCUGCCUUCCCAAGAAAGGCACACAGAAGAGGAGGAGGAAGAGGAAAAGCAGGCAUGACCUCUGGAUUUCGGGCAACCAGACCCCAGCAGUCAGUGACAUUCAAGGAUGUGGCUGUGGACUUCACUCGAGAAGAAUGGCGGCGUCUGGGCCCUGCUCAGAGGGACCUCUACAGGGACGUGAUGCUGGAGAACUACAACAACUUUGCUUCCCUGGGGCUUCCCGUUUUUAAACCAGAUGUGAUAUCCCAGUUGGAGCGAGGGGAAGGCCCAUGGACACCAGAGGCUGAAGUCCCACAAAUUACUCGUCCAGAGUCUCUUGUUCAGAAGAGAAGAUGUGAAACCAUGGACUCAACUCCAAAGCAAGACAUCUCUAUGGAAAGAUCAUGCAAGGAAAGAUUGACAAAAAAUGGUCCUGGGGAUUCCAAGUUGGGGGAACCUUGGGAACUUGAUGUCAGGCUGGAGAGGCAGAAGGACAGCUGGGACAAACAGGCCAGGGAAAUAACAGCCAAUCACAGAAAAACUUGUAAUGAGUUAAGUGCUCAGGAAUGUUAUACAUUUGUAAAAAGGUUUAGCCCAGAGUCAAUCCUUGUUCCACAAGUGAAAGUUCCUGAAGGAAAAAUUUUCCAUCCAUGUGAUACACUUGAAAAGAGCCUCAAACAGUUUUCUGAUCUAAAUAAACACAAUAGAGUCUCCUUAGGGAAGAAGCUUUGUAAAUAUAAUACAUGCAGGAAACCCUUCAGUUACCAUUCUGAUCUUAUUCAGUAUCAUAAAAUCCAUACAGGAGAGAAACCCUUUGAGUGUAAUGAAUGUGGAAAAACCUUCAGCCAGAGGGGACACCUUAUUGAUCAUCAGAGAAUUCAUACUGGAGAGAAACCCUUUGCAUGUACUCAAUGUGGGAAAGCUUUUAGCCUGAGGGUAUGCCUUACUCUACAUCAAAGAACUCAUACUGGGGAGAAACCCUAUAAAUGUAAUGAAUGUGGGAAAGCUUUCAGCCAGAGGGGACACCGGACUGAACAUCAGAGAAUUCAUACUGGAGAGAAACCCUAUGUUUGUAAUCAGUGUGGAAAAGCCUUUACCAACAACUCAAUCCUACGGAAUCAUCAGCGGAUUCAUACUGGAGAGAAACCCUAUAAAUGUGAUGAAUGUGGGAAAACCUUCAACCAGAGGAGACCCCUUACUGAGCAUCAGAGAAUUCAUACUGGAGAAAAGCCUUUUGAGUGCACUGAAUGUGGGAAAGCUUUCAGCCGUAAGGUUUACCUUACUUUACAUCAGAGAAUUCAUACUGGAGAGAAACCAUAUAAAUGUAAUGAAUGUGGGAAAACUUUCAGCCAGAGAGGAGCCCUUAAACAACAUCAGAGAAUUCAUACUGGUGAGAAACCUUUUGAAUGUACUGAAUGUGGGAAAGUUUUUAGUCAUAGGGUAUGCCUUACUAUGCAUCAGAGAGUUCAUACUGGAGAGAAACCGUUUGAAUGUAAUGAAUGUGGAAAAGCCUUUAGCCAGCAUUCUAACCUUACUCUACAUGAGAGAAUUCAUACUGGAGAGAAACCCUUUGAAUGUAAUGAAUGUGGUAAAACUUUCAGCCAGUUUUGCCACCUAAUUGAACAUCAGAGAAUACAUACUGGAGAGAAACCCUUUGAAUGUAAUGUGUGUGGGAAAGCCUUCAAUCACAAGUGGCAACUUACUGAACAUCAGAGAAUUCAUACUGGGGAGAAACCCUUUGAAUGUAAUGAAUGUGGUAAACACUUUAGCCAUAGGACAUCUUUUAUUAAUCAUCAGAGGAUUCAUACUGGAGAGAAACCCUAUGAAUGUAAUGAAUGUGGGAAAGCUUUCAGCAACAAGUCAAGCCUUUGGAAUCAUAAUAGAAUUCAUACUGGAGAGAAACCAUUUGAGUGUAGUGAAUGUGGGAAAGCCUUUAGUCAGAGAGGACACCUCACUGCACAUCAGAAAAUUCAUACUGGAGAAAAACCUUUUCAUUGUAAUGAGUGUGGUAAGCACUUUAGCCACAAGACUUCCUUUAUUCAUCAUCAGAGAAUUCAUACUGGAGAGAAACCCUAUGAAUGUAAUGAAUGUGGAAAAGCCUUCAUCAGCAACUCAAACCUCAGAGGACAUCAGAGAAUUCAUACUGGAGAAAAACCCUUUGAGUGUGAUGAAUGUGGGAAGGCAUUCCGUCAGAGUUGUCACCUUACUGAACAUAAGAGAGUUCAUACUGGGAAGAAACCCUUUGUUUGUAAUGAAUGUGGAAAAGCCUUUAGCACCAGCUCAACUCUGAGGAAGCAUCUUUGUAAGCAUCUUUGUAAACUUUGAAGCACUAUGAAUAUGUAUGAUGGCAGUGUUGUAAUUAUCAAAUAAGCCAUACUGAAGGAAAACCCUUAUGACUGUGAUUUUGAAAGGGAUAAAUGGUAGCAUGUAAUUCGUCACUUAUCAGACAUCAGAUACUUCAUGCUGGAGAUCACGAUGUCAUUUUGUUACUGGGUACAAUGUUAUUUGGUCCUUUGAGAGGUAAAGACCUUGAUUUCCUUUGUUCUUCCAUCUUACCUGCCUUCAGGUGAUAUUAGAGUAUUUUUAGUCAAUGCAGCAAGUAUGUUGGGGCAAGACUUGAACUAAUGCCUGAAGUUCUUUCCAAAAAAAUCUGUGAAUAAAUCCUCCAAAAUGUUAUUUAACAAAAUAGCUCGGCUUAAUAUUAGAGUAAAAGAAUAAAACUUGGAAGAGAAAUUACCUAAAAUGACUUUUUUUUUUCCCUGAGACUAGAGCAUGAUUAAUAUGAAGCCAGCUUUAAGCUCCUCCAUGAUGCAAAUGAAUUGACCCUGGUUUGGAUUGUGUUCAGUUUACAAGUUUUCCUGCCUUUGGGUCUGGUAAUAUAUCAUUGAAUAUCACUGUUGCAAAGGACCUCAAAAAUAAUUUGAUUUUAUUAAUAACUUGUGGAAAUGAAGAAUGGCAUGGGGGUAAGGUAGAAACAAGAAUGGCCUUUUAAUGUCUGGAUUUCUGUUUGAUGCUGCGUGGCAACCUAAGGAAUUUUAAGAGAGCUUAACCUGAAGGAUAAGGGGUCUAGAACCCCUGUGUGUAACUUACACUAAGAAUAAACUAGAUUUAAGAGGCCACUGUACAAGUGUGAUAUGGCAUGGGUGGGAACACACUAUAUCGAGGAAUAAAGGGGCUACCAGAUUUGGUUCUUUAUGCACCCAGAGAAAAUUUUACUCACCCUCACACACUGGUCCUAAGUGACCUAACAAUAGCUAUAUGGUGCUCUAAAGUUUACACAGCACUUUUCUUAUGUUGCCUCAUUUGGCCCUGCGAGGCAGGUGCUGUUAUCCUCAUUUUACAGAUGAAGAAACUGAGGUUGAAAGAGGUUUAAGUGACUUGCCCAGGGUCACAUAGUUACUAAGUGUCUGAGUCAGGAUUCUUUGUUCCACAGCAGACUCAAAUUCCAACAGCUUUCAUUAACCCUUGGUCUCUCUUCUUUCUUCUAAGUCAUAGGAUUCUCUUAAUUAGAACUGGAAGGUUCUUAGGGAUCAUCUAGUCCAACUCCUCUUACUUUAGAGAUGAGACUACAAGUGGGAAGGUAGUAAGUGGCAAAACUGGGAUUCCAACCCUGAUAUUUUGAUUCCAAAUCUAAUGCUGUUUCCUCUCUGCGCCUAUAGAUCCUUCCCCAACCCUGUACCCUGAUCUGUAUGCCUACUGGAAUCAUAUUCUUUUUAGUUUAUCCUACUCUCAGCCUCCAUUUCUGGAAACAAAAGGAUUAGACUAGUCCCUGCUGAAGAAGCAGGUUCUUUUAUUUAAUGUGUUUAAGAAAAGGCCAUUGGAGACACCCAAAGAAACAGAAGCCUGGAUAGAGGGAAGGGGACUGUAACGAUUGGAAUGACGCCACCUGCUGGAGACUUACUAUAGGAAAGCUCCGCCAUGGGGAGAAGGUGCCUGAGGGCAA